CCCCGGGAGCCUGGGGCCAGGGCCCGGCUCUGCCCAACUCCAGCUCGGGCAGGGCCGGCCUGGGGCACGGGGGCUCCCUCCCCCCAACAUCGCAGGCCUGGCCCGGGACACGAGGGCUCUCCCCCUUCCCGUCCCCCCCACGUGAGCCUGGGCCGGCCUGGAACACGGGGCUUCGGGCAGCCCUCCAUGCUCCGGGCCGGGUCCUGAGUCAGGACUGAGCUGGGCCGUGGGGACGUGCCCACGGAGGCUCUGCACCCCCAGACCCGCCCCGGAACUGGACUGGACCAGGACACAACACAGUCCCCGCCGUGUUAACGCACAAUGUGGUAACCUGCCCCGCUCUGCAGCUGGACCAGAUCCCAGCCGUCUGGACUCCGCGCUCAGAACAUGCCGAUUCGGACCCAGCCAUAUGGCCCAGAACAUGGCAAUGCCACAUCUCGCUGGAGCUGGACCGGGACACAGCAACAUGACAAAACAAAGCAAUGUAAUCCUGAGCUGGGACAGGGUGACCUGGUCACAGCCACAGGACCCAUAACAUAACAGCACAAUCCCACGCUGGAACAGGGCCAGACCAGACCAUGGCAACCUGGUCACAGCCGCGUGACAUGGCAACACAACCCCAUGCUAGUACUGGAUUGAAACGGUGACUCAGCCACAACCACAUGAGCUUAACAUAGCAACACAAUCCGGAUCCAGACCUGGAUUGGAACAUAGCCAUACAACCCAUAGCACGGCAACGCAACCCUGUGCUAGAACUGAACUGGAACAUUCCAACUUGGUCACAGCAACAUGAUCAACAACAUGGUAACACAAACCUUCGUUGGAACUGGACCAGAACUCAGUUACAUGGUCACAGCCAUGCAACCCAUAACAUGGCAACGCAAUCCCACAUUGGAACUGGAUCAGACCACAGUGAUCCAUGGUGAUGCCACGGUGAGGCAGCCAUAGCUAGUGAACCCAUAAUGUGGCAACACAGUUUUGAGCCAGAACUGGACCAGAACAUGGUGAUGCAAUCACAGCUUCAUAGGAACCUGUAAAAUGGCAAUGCAACCCUGAGCCAAAACACAGUGACAGCCACUCAGAUGUGGCCUGUAACAUACCAACGCAAUACAGCCCUGAGCCAGAACCGGACCAGAACACGGCGACAGUCACAGCCAGGCAGCCUGUAACGUGGCAAAGCAACCCUAAGCCAGAACUGGACCAGAACACCGUGACAUGGUCAUAGCCACAUGACCCAUAAUGUGGCAACACAACCUUAAGCCACAAUAUGGCAAUGUGGACACGGCGAUACUGUCAUAGUAUAGUGACCUAAUCCAUAACGGUGAUGUGUUGCUGACCCAGGACUGGAGGAGAAUUUGGUGAUGCAGUCCUUAUUGCUGUUCUGAUCCAGAAGCAACUUAGAACACAGCAAUGCUGCCCAUUACACAGUGACACAGCCCUGAUGCAGAACUGGCCUAGAACAUGUUUUAAAGGAUUCCCCCUAAUUCCUGUUUCUUUCACCUGGAAGGUUCCAAGAAGACAAUCUACGGCUGACGGCUUUGUGCUUCCAGGAAAGGGGCGGAAAUUAAAAAUGUCAAAAGUUACUACAGAGCUUCUUUUGGAAAGAGCAGUUCCAAGAUCUACUAGGCUACGAAAGAUUGAGACUCUGAAUUUAUCCAAGCUGCAGUUAAAGACCGGAGACUUGGACCCACGGUUGUUUUCCCGUCUGAGACAUCUGCAAAAUCUCGAUCUCUCUGAUAAUCUGUUGGACAAACUACCUGCUAAUCUAAGCCUGCCAGACCUGCGUGUCCUAAACUGCAGUAACAACCAACUGGAAGAUGUGACUGUCCUGAAGCAGUUCCCGCUGCUGGAGGAGCUAAACUAUGAAAACAAUGUGUACCUGACAACCAACGAUGACUAUAAGGUCAUGUUUCUUUUACAAAAUCUUCGGCUACUCAAUGGCAAGGAUGUAACCAAAUUAGCUAAUCACGUGAGAGUUGUCAACAGCCGAGAGCUGACCAGCAAGGUCACAGCUCACUGGGAGAGGCACUUCCGAAGCCAACUCCCUGAGAAGUAUUCAGCCGAGCAUGUGGUGAUCAUCAGGAAAAAGUUUCUGAAGUCUGCACAAACCCACGUCAUAUAUGGACCCAGCUCCCUCGGUGAAUUUACCCGAUGGAGGGUGAAGAUGAUUGCGGAGGAGUUGCUGGCAUCCAUGCUGGGACAGGAAGAGAACACACAUCCUGAAACACAAGAAAGGAUGGAGGAUGAUGAGGAGGAGACUACAGAAAACCCCAGGGAGGUGGGAAACGAUGAUAUUGCGCAGGUCACAUUAAUCCCCAGCAAGAGAAGAGGGAAUCACUCAACAGCAGGAUCUGCAAGCAAAAGGCCACGGUCCUGGUGUAACACUGAGGAGGAAGUAGUGCUUAGUCCCAGAAAGUCCAGCCAUUCACAGGAUGACCCAACUCCUGAUAGACCAAGAGCAUCGAACCAACAGGCAAAGGUGGCCGAAGAGACUCACAGGAAUGGAGAACAGCCUCCGAAAGGACAAAGCCACAGAAGAUCCAGCCAGUUGACGGAGGAGCAGAAAAGCCAGGAGCAGGACAAAAAGGUUCUGACCAUAACCCCGGUCAAGAACCUGGAAGACAAGGAAGUUAUCAGUUUGGAGCCAUUGCACUUUCUUCAGUGUCACAGUAAAGGCAACAGCCGGGAGGAUUUUAAAACGCAGCUCUGGUCCUGUGUCUUCGAGCCACCAUUGGAUUCUGGGACGAGGAAAGACCCUGUAGUGAGCACCUCCAGAACCAUGGCCACCUGUGGAGGGGAAUCGGUUUGUCUUAUCGACUGCGAGACUGGAAUAGUGCUGAAAAAGUAUAAAGUGCCUGCGGAGGAGUUUUUCACCGUUGCAUGGACAACUCUGACCAUGGUAACUAAUGAUGGUCGGAAAAAAAAACAUAAUAUUCUGGCCGCAGCCGGAAGAAGAGGAAUUGUAAAGCUGAUUCAUGUAUCAGCUGAUUUCUGCUACGGAGAGAUAAAGGCUCACAAAAAGCCUAUUGCUACAGCCUGCUUCAGCCCAACCUGCGAGACACACCUCUUCACUGCAUCCUAUGACAAAAGAAUUGGCCUCUGGGAUAUUGGGGUUCCAGAUUGUGACUACAACUUCAAAGCAAGCCAACUAAUGGUGCUGGAAGUUGCCUCUAUUCCAUUACGGAUUGCCCUGGUCCCAUCCUGCCCAGAUCAGUUCCUGCUGGCUGGUUGUGAAGAAGGUUGCUUUGCUUGGGAUAUUAGACUGGACAAGCCACAGAAGAGCAGGCCUUUUGAAGUGGCAUUCCAGUUUCCUAAUGAUGAGGGAGAAGAGACAACUUCCCACAGCGUGGAUGGAUUGGCCUUUUUGAACAAAGAUGUUGUGGUUUCUAAGAGUUCUAAGACAGGGUCUAUAUACUUAUGGAGCUGGAGCCAGUCGUUUGAGGCCCAGGGGAAAUCAUGUCAGAGAACACGACCUGCACUGAUUCUAGCGGAACUGGAGUGGUCGACAACAGACCUGCCCUACCUUACCCUCAGCACCUGUCCAGGUAAGCCCACAAUGCAGAAGGCUGGACUCAAGAAGCUACUAUUGGGGAAGGACUUGAAAGGUACAAGUUGUUCUUUUAAUGGGUCUUGCCAUUUCUGCUUUACUUACCUGAUUCCUUAGGCAGGGUAAGGAUUUUAUAUCCAGCCUUGCUGCUGAGUUAUUGUUCUAAUGCUGCCUCUGUAAAAUGUUAACAUCUACCUCAGAAGACUGGUAGGAGCUCAGUUUAUGAAUGUCUGUAAAGCACUUUGAAAUGAGGGGUGCUCUCUAAGUGCUUACACUAUAGAGGUGGACAGCAUGUUAAAAUUUGUGCUGCAUUUCAGACUGGUGGUAGAACUUCCACCUGGCACUCAUAAUAGUGACAAAUUUCUGGGAGGAACCUGAAACUAAUCCACAUACUGUGUCUCAUGCGGCACUUUGAAAGGAAAAGCUGAGCUGUCUGCUGGAGGCACCCAACUGAGGGUUACAACGGGGACACUAGCAAUGCAAGACCAAUGUUAAAACUACUUUAUUUCAGCCAAAAGGGUCACACAACUAUACCAGCUUGAGCCCAAAGUCCACUCAGCGCCUCCUUAGUAUGAUACAAAAUUCAACUCCAAUUAUUUUUAUGGGCUAGUCCUGUAAGGCUGGUUUACUGAACACUCUGUAGCAAUUAAGAAUGGGAUACAUUUCAUCUGGAAGGUGACAUUAUAGUGGGCUCUGUGCCACUGGCAGAGGGGUGAGAAGUUUUUGGUCUUGGCCAUCAGAAAUCUCAACCCUGCACUGGGUCCUUUGCUCUUGCAGCGGCAGAGUAUGUGUUCU